UCCAACGCAAAAAAUCAAAUCAGAAUAUCAGAUGAAAGAAACUCAUGAAAUCCAACAUCUCUCUUAUAUCAGUUACUGUUAACAAGUCUCUUUAUAUAAGAACCUUAACUAACAACCACCUCAUCCUCACACACACAUACACACUCUCUCUCCCUCUCUGGAUUUUUAUGGCAAAUUGAGCGAAAAACGUUUCUUACUUUCUCACUCACACUCUCUCUCCAACCAUUUCGCGAUGGAAUCGCCGUCGCCUCCAUCUCCUCCGCCUUCCGACAACUCCGACGCAGAUAAACGCCUCCGGGAAGCCGAGGAGCGCCUCCGCGACGCCAUCCAGGAGCUCCAACGCCGCCAGCGACGUUUGCCUCCGUGCGAUCACGGCCCCGACGAGUCGUGCAUCGCCCACGCUAUCGGUAACCUGUGCCAAACCUUCCUUCUCUCGUAUGGCGUCAGGGUUGGCAUCGGCAUCCUCCUACGCGCCUUCAAGCUCGUUCGCGGCCAGUCUUACGCUUCCCUCCUCGAUCUUAAGCAACUUGUUUCGGAAAAAGAUCUAAUAGUUAGGGAGGAAGCAUGUCGCAUUGGUCUACUUUUUGGUGGUUUCACUGGAUCAUAUCAUGGGCUUAGAUGCUUGCUGCGGAAGUUGAGAAAGAAAGAGACGCCAUGGAAUGCAAUUUUAGCAGGUUCGGUUGCUGGUUUUUCAAUUCUAGCAUUAAAUGAUUCAAGUAGGAGGCGUACACUAGCACUAUAUCUUUUGGCUAGGGUAGCUCAGUGUGCUUAUAAUUCUGCAAAAUCCAAGAACAAGUUCCACCUUUGGGGAAGUCAUUGGAGACAUGGAGAUACUUUGCUCUUUGCCCUAUCUUGUGCACAGGUUAUGUAUGGCUUCGUCAUGCGUCCUGAGAGCUUGCCAAAAUCCUAUCAGGACUUUAUUCAGAAGACCGGGCCUGUUGCAGCACCUGUAUACAAGGCUAUAAGGGAAAACUGUAGAGGUCAGGCAGUUGACGUUGCUUCACUGCAUGCUUACUUAUCCCGCGUAGGAAAAUCUGAGUACAUAAAGUUAGAAGAAUUUCCCUCCAUUAUUCCCUGUUCUAUCAUCCAUCCUGGAACAAAUUCAUGUUUAGCUCAUCAAGCAAAGGCAACAUCAGCAACGUUUAAAAAAACUUUUCCACUUUACUUCUCUUUGACAUUUGUGCCAUUUGUUGUUCUGCGCCUACAUAAGUUCACUGAUGCGCCUUUCCGCACUUUCUGGUUUGCCAUUAAAGGCGCUGUUCGCUCCACAUCCUUUUUAUCUGCUUUUGUUGGAAUUUAUCAGGCAGUUGUGUGUUUAUAUAGGAAAGUUGCAUCAAAAGAUCACAAGAUGUUAUAUUGGAUAUCAGGUGGAAUAGCUGCACUAUCAGUGCUAUUGGAGAAAAAAGAGAGGCGCCGUGAACUAGCUUUAUAUGUUCUUCCCCGAGCUGUAGAUUCAUUAUGGUAUAUCUUGGUUAACAGGCACCUGCUUCCAGAUAUCAGGAAUGCUGAGGUCUUCUUAUUUUCUCUCUGCAUGGGAGGGAUCAUGUAUUACUUGGAAUAUGAACCAGAAACCAUGGCCCCUUUUCUUAGGGGUCUGAUCCACCGCUUUCUCGCCAGCAGAAUUAGCAAUCCAAGCCCACCUCCUAAUCCAACAUACCUGCAAAAGCUUGAUAGCUUUACGAAGACAAAAUUACAAGAGAGAAGAGAAAUUGAACUUCCAGAAAAGUACAAUCUCGAGUCUAUUCCUGGCCUUUGAUUCAUACUUUUAUAUUUUGAGGGGCGCAGUUGGAAGGAACUGCCUUCUUGAACUCAUCGGUUUUAGGUUAUAGGAUAUUUGUAUUCGAUCAUUUUAAGCUACUAAUUUUUGGAUUUAAAGGAAAUGAGUAUUUAUUUAGCCAUUGGUUUCCCCAUUUCUUUCUUUCUUUAAAAAAGAACUAGUGAAGGUUCUCUCACUGCUUUGGCCUAUGGUGUUUUAAGAAUUAUAUUAGUAUUAUGUUCCAUGUUCUAUUUUAAUUGUAAAGAUCUAAUAUGGGGGAAAACUGAAGUACUAUCUUAUUUUAGUUUCCAA